AGUAACCGGCAUUUCUCGUGAAAUAUUGCAGCAGCCUGUACAGGAAUCUAUGGAAGCCUACGAGGACAAGGUACGUUCAUGCUCUUCCUAGUUAAUAUCUACAGCACUUGAGAUAUGUCCUAGGAGAGAGACAAGGUGACCUCUAUACUGCAACGUUAACGAAUAAUCUUUUAUUAUCACACAUGGCUCGCUUUGCUGCCGCAGCCAAGCUGGAUGACUUUACAUCCUCUGAUAUCUACAAGCCCACACGCGAGCGUACCAUUCGCUUUCUCUCAGCGUUUAUCAACUUUGUCAAAUUCACUGAGCAGGAUUCCAACCCUUUCGCAAAGGCAAUUCGGGAACGCUCGGAUGGUAUACUUAUCGAGAGAGACCAAGUUGCAGAGCAACUUUCUCUCGUUAAAAGGAAAACAGCUACAAUACGGUGGGACUUCGCCACAAUCCUGCUGUUCAUGCCGAUAACUAUCUUUGGCAGGGCUAAGAUGGCAGAAGACGAACCCCGUUGCGAGAAACUAAGGACUGAAAACUUUGAACUAAAGGGACGCUUACGGGCAUCAAAAGAGAUCCAGACUACUGGCCUUCAAGAACUCGAGAAGUUAAAAUCUGAAAAGUCAGCUCUUUUGAAACGGAGAGAAGCUCUCAACGAUGAAUUAGAAAGCGUGUCAGAGUCGGUCGGUCGCACCCGGUCGCGGGUCGUGCAAUCCCCGGAACGUAUUAAACGUACAAUCAGCACUAUGAACACCAGCGCGAACGAAGACAAGAAAAUAGUCGCCAUGCAGGAGAAUAAGGCGAAGGAACUGCAAGCAAAGUUUAAUGCUUUGCACAAUAUCGAAAGAGUAAGUUAUUGCCCCUGAUACAGAAAUUCGAUACUCGACCGAAAUCGCAGGAUGUUAGAGGGUGUAUUGAACAGUUACAAACCGUUGAAAAGGAAGAGCGUUUACUGCAAGAAUCCCAUAAAGAACUUGGUGGGCUCAAGGAUGAUCUUGAAGGCAAGAAAAUCGA